AUGGCCGAAGCGUUGGAAUUGCUUGCGAGUCUCGGCUUCACUACUCGAGCAGGCCGGCAAAUCCACGCCAACCUCGUGGAUGGUCAAAUGUUUGAUAUUAUAGAGGGGUUGCUUGCUAGCAGCUUAACGUCAAACGUCGUUGGAUGCAGCCCCCGAGUCGAUGAGCCAAGAUCCGGAUGUCCAAAACGCUGGAGCGCAGAUUCCCGGAGGACAUACAUUACUGUCCAGCUCAUCCUCACGUCUCCACCCAGCUUCUCACAUGGCAUUCCCGACAAAAAAACGGGCGGCGAAAAUUCCGCCUCCCGCAGUCCCGGCCGCUCCAAGCCCCCCAAAUCAAACUAUUACUAUUUCCCGACCUCGGUCCUUUUCGGGAGCUUUAUUGUUGCCCGAAGCCAGCAACUCUUGUUACGGUGGGUCAGUCAUGCGAUUCCUUUUCAAAUUCGCAUUUCGAUGUCCGAUCCACGCCAAGAACCUGUCAUUUUGCAGACGCAGCGUAACGAUACCACGGAUGCAUCCAUGCUGAAAUACUUCGAAGGCGGUUCAAAACAAAGCCCGUGA